CAGUGCUCCAAAGCUCGCUGUUUCAACACCCAUUCGUUCUUGCAGAGAGAGAGAUGGGGGAAAACGCCGAGAAAGACAGACUUCUUGGGACUCUGCAUUCUCACCUCAACGCCAUCCAUGAAACCUUCCAGAUUUUCGACCAAGCUCCAGCUUCUACCCUCAAGAAGGUGAGCUGGGACGACGCUGCGAAGAUGGGUGACCAAGUGUCUAAACAAGCCACCAUUGUUGGAAUGCUUUGGACUGGAAAAGAACCACAAGCUACUGAAGUUAAAGAGAGUAUGGAAUCAUACUUCAACGUGCUAGUCGGUUUUCUCCUACUCUCCCACGGGAGUACAGUUGGUGCAGGGCCUACCUUGUCUUCUUUUAUCCUUCAGGCCGUGAAGAAAAUUGUUGACUGCAGUUACAAGUUAAUUAAGGAUGCUAUCGUUUCUCUUGGAACAGGCAAAGAAAAUGAAUCCUCAAUCCCGCAGCUGGUCGGUGCAGUAUGGGAAGCAUGUUCUGCUCUUAAGAAGAUUCCUACCACCAACGUUGCAGCAAUAGGGCGAGUAAUGACACAGGUUGCAGUAUCUAUGAAGGAUGUUCUCCGUGAAAUGAAGGAGCUCAAGCCAGGUUCGACAGACACGACAGAUGAAAACGCAGAAAGUGAGGCUCAAGAUGAUGAUGGCUUCAAUGAGGAUGAUCUUGGAAGUGACCUGUCACCUGAAGAAAUGAAAGUUGCUCGGUCUGCAAUUGUUGUGGUGUCUGAGGCACUUGUUCUGGUAAAGGAACUUAUGCGCUCCAUCACAGGAUUGCUCAAGCUCGAGAGCCGAGACGACACUGGUGAUUUUGUGGAUUCUCUAGAAAAACUGUUAAAACAUUGUCAGGGAAUUGGAACAGAGAUUGAUGAGCUUGGAGCCUCUCUUUAUCCCCCACAAGAAGUUGCUAUUAUGAAGGGAGCAGUAGAAAAAAUCUCCAGCAUGGUAGAUGACAUGGAAAGAGAAAUAGAAAGCCUUAAAGGAACCUCAGACGCUUUUAUUCAAGCAUGCGGUGGUCUGAAGAGCUCACUGGCACAGUUGAAAUCCGAGAUAGAUUGCUCAGGUCCGUCAGAUCUAGCAACCAGAGUACAGAUGUUGAUUUGAACAAUUAGGGGUAAGAGUAGUAA